CUCCCAUGAGUGAUGUCUGUAUUUAACGGGAGCUAUGCCACCCCCUACUCCUUUAUUCUGCUGGGUAUCCCUGGUCUGGAAGCAUCCUACUACUGGCUCUCCAUCCCUCUUUCUUCAAUGUAUGUCAUCACAUUGCUAGGGAACUGCACCAUACUGUAUACAAUCAAAACAGAGCAGAGCCUCCACAAGCCCAUGUACAUCUUCCUCUGCAUGCUCGCUGGCAUAGACCUGGUGCUCUCCACCUCCACCCUGCCCAAGAUGCUCUGCAUCCUCUGGUUCAGAGCUGGGGAAAUAGAUUUUGGUGCCUGCAUGGUCCAGAUGUUCUUCAUCCACUCCUUCUCCAUCAUGGAGUCGACAGUGCUUGUAGCAAUGGCCUUUGACCGUUACGUAGCUAUUUGCAAUCCUCUGAGAUACGACUCCAUCCUAACCAACCCACUGCUGGCCAAGAUUGGAGCAGGGGUCAUCCUGAGAGGCACAGUCUUCAUCAUCCCAAUCAUCAUCUUGGCAGCCCGUCUUCCAUACUGCAAGACCAACGUCAUCCCCCACACUUACUGUGAGCACAUGGCUGUGGUGAAGCUGGCCUGCUCAAGCAUCCUUGCCAAUGUUGUCUAUGGGCUUCUGGUGGCUCUCCUCGUAGUGGGGGUGGAUUUGCUGUUCAUCACUUUGUCCUACUGCAUGAUCGCCAGGGCUGUCAUGGCUCUGCCGUCAAAAGACGCCCGCUAUAAGGCUUUCAGCACCUGUGCACCUCACGUGGUGGUGAUCCUGGUCUCCUACACCCCAGCUCUUUUCACCAUCUUAACACACAGGUUUGGCCACCAUGUUCAGCCUCACGUUCACAUCCUUCUGGCCAACUUCUACCUCCUUUUCCCACCCAUGCUGAACCCCAUUGUGUAUGGUGUGAAGACCAAGGAGAUCCGUGAACGAGUGACUCACAUAGUUCUCAGGAGAAAGCGACCUACAUAACAACACACUCUCAAUAAGGGCUUGCAGUGUUGAAUGCAACAUCUAGAAGGCCGCAGGCAGUAAAGAAAUAUUAAAAAGUAGUAAGGCUGUAAGCACUUUUUUUUUAAUCCCAUGUUUUUUCAUCUUAACGGGUGGUAUUCAACUGACUCUUACUCAGAAUAGACCCAUCAAAAUUAAUGAAUAUGACUAAGUUAGGCCCAUUAAUUUCAGUGGGUCUACUCUGAAUAAAACUUAGCUGAAUACCACCCAAAGUCUUUUUGUGCUUUAUUGAUGUGAUAUAUGGUGUUCAACAUAUCUGUGAAAUUGUUCGUGCUUCUGUAAGUAUAUACGGCUUUAUCCAAUGUUAGUCCUACUCAGAGCAGACCCACUGGAAUUUAAUGGUCAUGAGUAACUUAGGGUUAAUGGGUCUAUUCUGAGCGGGACUGGCAUUGGCUAUAGCCCAUAAUAUACAGAAUAUGCUUAAUUUGUUUUAUUCUCUCUGCAGCUGUAUUUAUGUCAAAUUUAGAUUCAUCUUUUUAAAAUGUGUUUGCAAUUGUUUUACAUGAAUUGUAAGCCCC